AUGUCUCAUACAAUAUUUGUCGUGUUGCUCUUGGGCUUGUUUUCUUUGGUCAUUGUGCCGUCUCUGUCCAGCAACGAGGGCAAUUCUCCGUCCGCAGAAAAGUACAAAUUCCUGCUUUUAGGCUCCAUUACGGGAGGCAGUCGCUACUUGAGUCUCGCCAGGUCCGGCCGAGUACUUGCCCGACAGGGUCAUCGCGUUGUCUCCGUUGUGAGCAGCUCAAUUCCGACACACAUCUGGCAAAACGACGUCGGCGUGCUCUCCAUUGUGGUCUUCAACUCGUCCUACGCAAAACACAAUAGGACCGACGUGCUCGACAACAUAUCCAGAGUGGCCCUGGAGGGUCGCUUGCAUACUUUCUUUGGUCCCUUGUUGAACGGAAAAGACCUGGAAGGUAAGCUGGAUUUUAUGACUAUGCUCGUGCAAGAGUGUGACGACCUGUUGGGGAACUCAGCUACGAUGAAACGACUUCAUGAGGAGAGAUUUGACAUGCUUGUUGCGGACGACGUGACACCUUGCGGCCCACUGUUAGCGCAGGCCUUAGACAUCCCUUUCAUCCUCAACAGUGGCUCCUUUAUGGUUCCUUCUAGACAAGGAUAUUGGAACGGUCUUCCAGUUCAUCCGUCUUACAUACCGGAACGUGUCAUGGGGCUAACCGACAGGAUGACGUUCCUACAGCGGGUUCAGAACGUCUUGGCCCAUUACUACUACAGCUUUACCCAUUUUUAUGUAGGCUUGGCUGAUUUCCGUGGCUAUGAUAAACUGAAGGUCAAGUACAACAUCAAGCCAGAGAUCAGUACGUUCGAGUCUUACAAACAAGCCCUGUUGCACUUUGCACAUGGGAGCUUUGGACUGGAAUUUCCUCGUCCCAUCCAGCCCAACAUGUUGGAUGGGGAAGUUGCCAAGUUCCUGGACACGGCCCAGGAUGGGGUGGUGCUAUUCUCCCUUGGUUCUUUUGUCAACAAGAUGAAAAGGGACCAGGCCCAAGUCUUUGCAAACGCAUUCUCUAUGCUACCUUUUCGGGUGCUGUGGCAGUCAGGCGCCAAUCUGACGGGACUCAGCCUCGGGAACAAUACGAUGUUUGCGAAGUGGCUACCGUUGACACAUGUCAUGGAACACGCCAACGUCAAAGUGUUCGUAACCCACGCUGGAUCGUUCGGUACGAACGAAGCAAUGUGGGCCGGACUGGCAAUGGUGGGGAUACCACUCUUUGAGGACCAAAUGGACAAUAUGGUCCGUGUCGAGGCACGAGGUGCCGGCCUGACGCUGGACAUUGCAAGCCUCACAUCGCAGACUUUGAGCGAAACUAUCUGCAGAAUCAUGACGGAGCCCAGAUUCCGCAAGAACGCACAACGUGUCUCGAAGAUCAUGCGCGACCUGCAGAACACGCCCAACCCAGAAGAGAACGUGGCUCGCUGGAUCCUACACGUGACUAAAUUCGGCGGAGACCACCUGCGACCCGCCGUUCUGGAUUUGAACUUUGUCCAGACGUAUCUUCUAGAUGUUUACCUCUUCAUUGCACUGGUUCUGGCCUCGGUUAUCGUGAUCAACCUGUCUGUGUGCCAUUUCUGUUGGAAGUGCCUGCGCGGGAAAGGCCCAUCAGGUGGCAAGUUUAAAAAGGAAUAA